CAAUAACUUGCCUUGUCAACCGCCAUUAAAUACUACAAGAAGAAGAAGAAGCUAGAAACUGGACAUGCAGAAGGAGGAGGUCAAGGUAACUGCUGUAUAUCAGGAUCUCUGUUUUGGUCAAAAGAACUGCUGCAUAUCAGGAUAUCUUUUAAAACAGACUACAACAAACACACGGAUUGUAGGCAACAGUUUACUUCCUGAGCCGGAUGACAUGGACAAGACUGACAUUAUCAUAAUUCCUCCUGCUUCGGAAUCAGCCUAUCAAAUGGAACCGGAAGAAACAUCACCAUCAGGAUCUUCAUAUGAUUCCAUAAUGGUGGAAAAAUCUGGUUGUUUGCAGAUCAACAACACUUUUCCAGUAAGAAAUCAAAAAACAGAAGACAGCAAAUAUUUUUCUUGUCUUCAUUGUGGAAAGGGGUUUCAAAGGAACAAAUGUCUUGUGAAGCACAUGAUAACCCAUACUGAAGAAAAGAUUUUCACCUGCCCUCAGUGCGAGAAAAGUUUCAGAAGAAGAGAAAAACUUAGACGUCACAUAAGAAUUCACACCGAAGAGCGCCUAUACACAUGUCUUCAGUGUGAGAAGAGUUUUAGACAAAAAAAAAGUCUUCAAGUCCACAUACAAAUUCACACCGGAGAGCGUCCAUACCCAUGUCUUCAGUGUGGAAAGAGUUUUAUUCAUAAACAAAGUCUUAAAACCCACAUGAGAAUUCACACUGGCGAGCACUUACACCCAUGUCCUCAGUGUGAAAAGAGUUUCACAGAUCCAAGUAAUCUAGAAAUCCACUUGAGAAUUCACACCGGAGAGACUCCAUACCAAUGUCUUCAGUGUGGAAGGAGUUUUAAACAAAAACAAAAUCUUAAACUCCACAUGAGAAUUCACACCGGAGAGCGUCCAUACCCAUGUCUUCAGUGUGGAAAGGGUUUUAUGCAUAAACAUAGUCUUGAAACCCACAUGAGAAUUCACACUGGAGAGCGCUCACACUCGUGUUCUCAGUGUGGAAAGAGUUUCACAGAUCCAAGUAAUCUAAAAAUCCACAUGAGAAUUCACACCGGAGAGCGUCCAUACCAAUGUCUUCAGUGUGGAAAGAGUUUCAGACAAAAAAGUAGUCUUGACAACCACAUGACAAUUCACACUGGAAAACGACCGUACCCAUGUCUUCAGUGUGAAAAGAGUUUCACAAACAAAAAUAAUCUAACGAUCCACAUGAGAAUUCACACCGGAGAGCGUCCAUACACAUGUGUUCAGUGUGGAAAGAGUUUCACGGAUACAGGUAAACUAAAGGGCCACAUGAGAAUUCAUACUGGAGAGCGCUUACACACGUGUUCUCAGUGUGAAAAAAGUUUCACAGAUCCAAGUAAUCUUAAAAUCCACAUGAGAAUUCACACCGGAGAGCGUCCAUACACAUGUGUUCAGUGUGGAAAGAGUUUCAGACAAAAAAAUAGUCUUGAUAACCACAUGACAAUUCACACAGGAAAACGACCGUACCCAUGUCUUCAGUGUGGAAAGAGUUUCACGAUCAAAAGUAAUCUAACGGUCCACAUGAGGAUUCACACUGGAGAGCGUCCAUACAUAUGUGUUCAGUGUGGAAAGAGUUUCACAGAUACAAAUAAACUAAAGCUCCACAUGAGAAUUCACACCGAACAGAAUCCAUACACAUGUAUGGAAAGUGUGGAAAGCGUUUCAGACUAAAAAUAACCACACAACAAUUCACACUGUAAGGGGAAAACCAAUCAUCAUGGCGAAGGGUCCUUUUCUGGUGCUUACUGAUGACGUUUAAUGUUACAUAAUUUAGGUAGUUUUAUCCGACUCCAAAAGAUAAAAUCUCGUUGUUUGGAAUUAUGAAUCAAAUAAAUACAAUUGUUGAACUUGGAUAAAUGUUCGGUUAUUCUGCCUUACCUCUUUACCCGAUAUUGCGCUUGUUCAUUCACUUACCAAUGUCAUAUCGAUCCACGCCAUUUUGGCCAUUUUGUGGGUUUCGAACACAAACUCGAUCGUACCAGAGGUUAUGGCUAAAGCAAUUCAACAAUGCCGCUUUCACUAUCUCUUGCUAAAAGGUCCCCAUGUAGCCCCAUAUACAACUUAGUACAAAACUCAAACUAUAACCAGAGGUUCAUGUUAGCAUAGUCUGACCUGACAUAGUAAAUAAUAUGACUAUAUAACAACUUAAAGGAACAGUAUGUAAGAAAUGUUUAUCAAUUAAUCAUAAAAUGGCCCUGAUAUGUCACUAGACAUUAAGAAAUCAUUUUCAUUUCAAAUACUUAUAUCACUCACACCAGUGGUCUGGUCAGGAUAUUGUCAUUUAAAAAAUGGAGUUGCAGCCCUCAACUGAUGUUUAUGUUGUCAUUUUGUGUAUUGGCCACCAGUUGUGUGAUUGCAGUACCAGUUUUAGCCACAAGUUUUGUGAUUGCAAUACCAGUUUUGGCCACAAUCCUACAUACUGUGCCUUUAAUUACAGCAGAGAUAAUGACCAGGGGUUAUGACUAUCACUCUAAAAGCUCACAUAUGGUACGAUUACAUAACUUAAAUAAGGUUAAAUAAUUAAUCUAACCAUACAAUAACCAGAGAUUAUGAUUAAAGCUUAUUAAAGCACUUAUUUUGACAAAACACGUGAUGCACAUGGUUAACACGACAUAACAAACAAGCGCAUAUUUUGAAAACACGAGCAACACACGACACUCCGAACACAUAUUUUGAAUUUGCGCCCCUCGGAAGAGCAGUCACCAGCAGCCACUACCGCAUUACGACUGAAUUUCUAAGUAAAAACUUACAUUAUAGCACUGCCAGCUACUCAAUGCUCGUUCCUGUUAUCUCAGAGAGCCACAAUUACCUGAGACUGAGGACUUAUAUGGCCCAUGUAAACCCGGUAGCGUCAGCUUAGAGGUUUCAAAGCCAAUUGCUUUGCAGUAUAAUUAGCAUUUUUGCUAGGGUGAGGGAAAAAACAUCAAAGCUAUAAAAUCCAAUGAAGGUGGAAACAUACGACCAGCCGCCGCCACACAUAUGCCCGUUAUGGAUAUCUCUAGGAUGAAGUCUUACCUGAGUGGGCUCUAAAGCCCGGUGGACACAGUAAAUUCAACCGCGAAUUUGAUUUUGUGGCGGACUGACAAAUGAAUGAAUGUAUAGGAAACACUGCAUUCCAACGAUGCACAUCAGUAGGCAGCGCAAAUAUAACGACACACCUAUAAUCCCUCCCUCUCUGAAAUGGUACUAAAUUCAAUGGAAAAGCUAACCAAGCCAAAGUAAGGUGAGCUGACACGACUUGACCCGUGGGGUACUAUGCAAUGGAAAAGAGCCAUUGGUGGCUUGCAGAGCCAGGUCUGUUGCGCUGGGUAAUUCUCUAAAUGACCCUGGAAUGGGCUCCGCCUCGUCCAUGUCGUGGAGGAGUUUGGCACUGCAGCACUGCCAUAGUGUGAAGGGCAGAAGUUGCUUAGCUGUCAGCCGCAUACAAUUUAAUGAUCACGCUGAAGGAUAAAAAGGUACUGAAUGGCGUUUGACUCGGACCUAUAGGCAAGGGCUCUGCCUGAAAUGAAAGGGUUGAACACCGUUGGUCUGUGAUUUUUACAGACACAAACCAAUAGGCAGACAAUUUUCCAAUAGUAUUGGAAAAAAAACUGAAGUUUUCCCAUAGCAUCAGCUACUUAUGCAAUGCUUAGUUCCCUUUUGAUGCAGUUCACAAUGGGAACAAGUUAUUUCAAAAAGUUAUGUAUAGUCAAAGUUUAGGUUGAUGCAUAACAAAAGCUGUCACUUGGGCAGUACCCUUUAGGAAGGUCCUAAUAUGUACCAUUUAAAUAAAGAUAUGUACAUAUUUAAUACCAAUGUGCAUAUCUGAGGUUGUAAUAUGCUCUCUUUAGGUACCAAAGUGUACUUUCUGAAGUGAUGGGUUUUGUACCGUUUUUCAGAGAUUGCCUUAAAUGUGCAUGGUAGCUUCUAGAAAACUUGGAUUUUAAGAAUGUUUUCUUUUUUGAAUGACUUUUAUAUAUUUCCUUACAUACAUUUUAUUUUAUUGACAGAAGUAAAUUUUCAUGCAGUUGCUUAUCGCUGAUGUUAUGUGACUUAAAUUAAUUGUUUGUAUGUAUGUAUGCAAUGAAGUUUAUCAUAAAUGUUUUUCUUAUGCUGGUUUAAAGUCUGUACCUGAUUACGAUCAAUAAGUAAUUGCCAAUGCAGUUAAAAAAGUUUCUAUACAAGCAUACACGUGCUGUGAAAUGAUGCCAUGAAAUAUCAGACCUUUUCCCCCAGUCACAGUAUUUCAUGUAAUUGUCUAGUUUUGUGAUAAAUCCUUAACAUUAUAAAUGAAUAUAUUGAAUAAACAAUAUACAAUAUGAAGGGGUGGAUUCCUGAGCCUACAUCCUUUUUGUUAUACCUUUUUGAGUGGUUAGGAAAUAAAGUGGUUUGAAUAAGUUCUGUGUUUAUGAGAUCAAAAGUGAUUUAAUGUAAUGUGUAUUAUUUUAUUAAACAUGG